ACAGUGUGUAAAUGCUGUUAAGAUCAGCCGCGCAUGCGCAUUGUGCGCGCUCCAGCAAACGUAUACUUUGGCUGGUGAAGACACGAAAACAAGCAACAAGGAUAGAUUACUCAACAUUCGGUCUGAGAGAUGGCCUCUUGCUCCGGGUUUUGUGGGUCUGGUCAUACUGUCAACUCUGGCUGUCAUGUUUUCGGAGUGCGUUCUUAUUUGCACCACUUCUACGAAGAGUGCACAGCCUCGAUGAGGGAGCAGCAGGACGACUUUCAGGGCCAGAGAUCACCGGUGCGGUGGAGCUCAAGCUUCUGGAAGGUCACACUUGCCGUUGGUGUCGUGCUCCUGUCAUUGGGGCUGGUGGUCAUGACAGUGGGCUAUUCCAUCCCCACUCGCAUUGAGGCUUUUGGUGAGGGUGAACUGCUGUUCGUGGACCGCCAGGCCAUGCGUCACAAUCACUCACUACACAUAUGCGUGCUGGUCGGGACAGGGCUUCUCACUCUGGGUGGGGUUCUGAUGGCAGGUGGAAUCCUGAUGUCUGACUUCUCCACCACUCCCACAAAACAGGAAGACUCAAGAGGAGAACGGAAGGGGGGAACCAGAAGCCCAGCAGACCCUGUAAUGAAGACCCCCAGCCCGGUGUCUACUGAUGGAGGAGUAUCUCCUCUCGCUAGGGACAGUAAAGUUCAGCAGUGCUCUUAAAAGAGGUGUGUGACAAUGCCCGUUCAAGAGUCAGUGUGAUCAACAAAAGCUCCUUGUUUAUUUCAAUUAUAAAUUUGUGAGUGUCUUACUUGUGUUUGAUAAUGUGUUUGAUAAAUUGACAAGUGCUUGUGCCAUCUGUUGUCCAGCACUUGCAUAAUUUGUCAAAAUAGUUUUUGUAUUUUUGUAUAUUACAGUAUUGAUCAAAUGAAGCGCCACCAAGUGGUUGAAAGGCAGCAAAAGUAAGUUUUGAAUAGUUUGGGGUCAGUAAGUGUUUUUUUUAUUUAUUUUAAGAAAUUAAAACUUUUAUUUAGCAAGGAUGAUUUCAAUUGACAGUAAAGACUUUUACAUUUUUAGCUUUCUAUUCAUCAAUGUAUCAC